GGCGAUGAGCAUUCGGAUCCGGAGCUGAUGCAGCACCUGGGAGCCACGAAGAGACGUGUCCUGGGAAACAACUUGUUUCCAACAGAAGAGGAGGUCUGAGGUCUACUGGACACAGCAGCACUCUUCCCCUGUGGUCUGGCCUGCUGAGGACACAAAAGGGGGCCUUGCCCUCUCCACAAGCAUGAGCCCAGCUUGCCUCGUAAAGACAAGACCAGGCCUGAGCCCUGAGGUAGGGUCCUUGGCUUUCUUUUAAGAUCUUGCUAGCCAUGCAGGGGACUGAGGAGGGGUUCACUUUGAUAACCCAAGAACAAUAGCCAGCCAGCCACAGGCCAAAGCUGUGGAAGGGAAGCAGCCUGACAGCAGAGCACUGUGUGGCCAAGCCUGUCAGGCCAACGGUAUGAAUCAGACCGUUUCCUCCCUUGGCACCGCUGGAGCUGUGACACCACUUAUAUCAUUCUACAGCACAUAGAGGGGUGGGAAACCCACCAGCGAUGGCACAGAGCCAAGCCAGGACAGCAGUACCAAGUGUGGUGGCCCAACUGUAACAAAAGAGUUGUGGGGCCCUACGGGGGGGGGACGACCCCACGCUGGUGUGCUCCCACAGUAGAAGGCUUGGAAGUCAGUGACCCGGGGAAUAACAUGGGAGUGGCUGAAGUUGGGCCGCCAGGUUCUGGCUAACUUGUUUGGAAUCAGGGGUGCAGAUAAACAGGAAGUGACACUCAAUCUGGUCCCCCUGUCUUUAUAUCUCCCCCACCCCUAGAAAUAACCUCAGCCACCCUCCCCCCAACCACUGGCAAUUCAGGGCAGCUUCACACGUACUGGCCCCCUCUACAAGAGGGUCCCCAAAUGAGGCCCCCGAGCCAGAGGGAGAGCACUGGAGCAGCAGAGCAGCAGAGCAGCAGCUGGCCGGGCACUGGCCUUCUGGGUGCCGAGAGUAAAAGCUGAGAUGCCAUACUGAUGUCCCGGCUAUGGGGAGGGCGCUGCUCCUUCCCCAAGUUCAUACUGCUUUACCAAGAAAACUUCAAGUCACCCCUGGCAUGCCCCCAGAACCCUGGGAGGAGUAAGCCCUUUACAGGCAUGGGGCUGGUCCUGGUUAACACACCCUCCACAUCCUUCCCCACCAUUCCUGUGGCCUGCCUAAUGAGGGCCUGUCAACCAGCCCAAGGGCUGAGUCACCCACACCAGCAGGUCUCCUCUCUUCCUUCUCCAACAACUGUUCCAAAAAUUGCCUUUCAAUUAGCACUACCUCCCUGGGCUCUUCCCAGAGCUGGCUGGGGCUAGGGAGCCAGGCAGGCCUGCUGGGGUCACGGUAUGGUGGCAGCGGAGCUUUGACUGGACAGGAAGUCACCUGGUGACACACCGGGCAGGGCUGUCCCCAGACCACUCCCCAGAGGAAUCUGAAGCGUCCUACUGCCCUGGGGUGUUGGUCACAGCUGCCCCAGUCCCAGCCUGCGGAUGCUGCAAUUACCUCAGAGCAUGAAACCAGCUUCCCACCUGACUGAGUCAGCUGAAAACAAAACACAUCUCUACCACACGCUGGCACAAACAGUCACGCCACUAAUCAGAGUCCCCAGAUGCUGGCAGAGAGAGCACAGCCCCACACUGGCCAGGAGAUCGGCACAUGCCACCAACUACCAGAGAGAGGGUGCCGCAGCCUGAAGAAGUGCACACUCCCCUCUGGAGGUCCCGCCCUGCCCACCAGGCCCUCGGCCUUGUUUGACUCCGGCCCUGCUCUGUAAGUACCGCUGCUUCCUUUGGUUUUUUUUCUACAUGCCCAUCAAGUAACCAGGCCACUCUUAUCUAGGCGGGGACUCCCAGCACUCUGAUCUCCCGGACAAACUCUCCCUCCUGCUAGUCUUGUCUCACCAUCCAAGAUGCAACAAGACAAAGGGCCACACCGAGCAGAAGCGUGCAGCCUCUGCUCCUAGCCCUUGAGGGGUGUCGUCCCAGUUUCUGGCCUCCAGUCUGCUGGCAAAUGGUCACAAGCUGCUGCUAAGCCCCUUUGUGGGGUUUCUCAGAAGCCGGACCUGUUGGCUGACUUAGGAGCUCCAUGGAGACUUGGCGGAAAGGCUCCUUCCGCAAUGCCUCCUUCUUCAAGAGAAUGACCCUGGGGCGGCCGCGGCGACUGCGGAGACAGGGCAGCACACUCAGCCAGGCCAGCACUGCUGGUGGUGACCACGAGGAGUACAGCAACAGAGAAGUCAUCCGGGAACUUCGAGGGAGGUCAGACGGCCGGCGUCUGCCCUUGUGGGGAGAUGAGCAGCCCCGAGCCACUCUGCUGGCCCCACCCAAGCCCCCACGUCUCUACCGAGAGAGCUCCAGUUGCCCCAAUAUUCUGGAGCCCCCAGCAACCUACACUGCCGCCUACUCGGCCACCCUGCCUUCAGCCAUCUCCCUGACAGGCCCUCUCCACCAGUGCUCACAAGAGGACCUUUUGGAUACUCCCCAUUUCCCGAGGACACCUACUCCGGACCUCAAUGACCCUUUCUUUUCCUUCAAAGUGGACCUGGGGAUUUCACUGCUGGAGGAAGUUCUUCAGAUGCUGAAGGAGCAGUUUCCUAGUGAGCCCCACUUCUGACCCCGGUGAGGACAGAGAAAACUGGGGUGACUGGAGCCUGGGAGACCUAGGCAGGUAAAGUGUGGAUUAUGGAGCAGGUGGAGACAUAAGCCACAGUGCAGCCGGCCCCGACUGCUGAGCAAUCCUCAAGUCACCCGGAGUGAAGGGCAGAAGCCAGCUGGGAAAGUAUGGGGGUCACUCUCUGGCAGGAGCCCUGAAGGAAGCUGGAAAGAUCAGGAAAAGGAAGCCACACCUGCAACCACAGGAACUGGUCAUAGGUCAGGGGAGACAUAGGGUGGCACAGGGCGAGUCAGGAAGUAGGACUCAGACCAGCCUCUAGAACCACUGUCAACAGAGAAAUCAUAGGCUACAUUUAGGAAGAAGCCGUCUGAGAUUAAGAGGAAGACCGGAGAGAGCAGAGGUAGAAAAGCCACCUCUCACUUCCUAUGCUUGUUUAAUUGAAGUAAAAGCAAACCGAAAGUUCGGUUCCAGAGGCUGGAGAAAUGGCUCAGUGGAUAAAGAGUUUGUAUGCAGGCAGGAAGGCCUGAGUUCAGACCUCCAGUACCUACAUGAAAAAAGCCAGACAGGUGUGACAGCCUGCCUGGAAUUCCCACGUUCAGGAUGCAGGCACCAGGAGUCCCAGGGGGCAGGCUGGCUGGCUAGACUAGUCAGAUUGGCAGACUCCAGGCCCACGCGCACACAC